AUGACGAAUUCAUUGGAGUAGUAGUUUAUUAUGUAUAUACAUUUUUUUAUUUUGAAUGAAAAUGGAAAGAAAGACCAGCUGAUGUGGUGACGUCAUCAAGUCAGCUGCUGUUCUGGCUGCAGAACGAUCGUCCUACGUCCUAAUGUCUCCGUGAGAUUGGACUCCAAAGUCCGUUCUUAGCGUUCUAUGUCUCGAGAAACGGCAGAAGAGAAGAAGAAAGAGGGAGAAGAAGCUAGUCGAACAGGCUGGAUUUCAUAAAAGUUUUUCAUUUUUGAGAACCAGUGGAAACCGGAAGCGGGUUGCUGUCGUUCUCCUGUUGAAGAGGACCCGAAGAGGCUGAUGAAGAUCCGGAGAGGAGCCGGAGAUGAACCGGAUAAGAGUCUGAAGAGGAGCCGGACAGGAGUCUGAAGAGGAGCAGAGAGGAACCGCAGAGGAACCGGAGAAGAGUCUGAGGAGGAGGAGUCUGAAGAGGAGACGGAGAAGAGUCUGAAGGUCUGAAGAAAAGGAGUCUGAAGAGGAGCCGGAGAGAAACCGGAGAAGAGUCUGAACAGGAGCGGGAGCGUGUCAGCACAAUCAUGGAUGCAGAGAGGGCAGAGCAGUUUCUCCAUGGUGACGGUGUUGAGGCUCUAGAUGGGUGGCAGCUCAACGUUCCUUUCUCCUGCUUCCAGAAUACACUGCAGAACUGGGUCGUGGACCCAAACUGUCUGAAUGACAGUGAGUCGGAGGACGUCCUUUCCGCCGUCGAUCCAAACGAGGUGUUACCCAGAAAGCCGCUGGCUUCCCUCAGCUGUCAGCUGAUCUAUGACAUCAGCAGCCUGGGCGCCGUGAUGACUGAAACAGGACAAGAGGACGUCAUCUCCAUAGAGCUUGAUGAGUGGCGCUCUCAGGUGUUGUUUUCUGACAACUGCGUUCUGAAUCAGCUGCCCGUGAUUUCUGCAGCUCCCCCAGAAGACCCUUCCAGUUCAGGCGGUGAUCUGCUGACACCAGAUCUGCAGCUGACUGAGGAAGAACAGCAGGUACUGAUACAAGAAGGAGUUUCUCUGCCCAACAACCUUCCUCUUACCAAGGCUGAGGAGAGAAUCCUGAAGAGAGUUCGUAGAAAAAUCCGCAACAAGCAGUCCGCUCAGGACAGUCGGAGGAGGAGAAAGGAGUACAUUGACGGGCUGGAAAGCCGGGCAGUUGCUUACUCAUCUCAGAACAAGGAGCUGCAGAGGACAGUGGAGAAGCUGGAAAAACGCAAUAUGUCUCUGUUGGCUCAGCUGGGACGGCUUCGGUCUCUGAUCCAACAGACAGUCAGCAGAGGAGCUCAAACCAGCACCACCUUACUGUUCAUCCUGGUCUCUCUGGGUCUGAUCAUCAUGCCAAGCCUCAGUCCGUUCAGCCGCAACUCGUCUCCAGAUGACGACUACAGACCCAGAGGAGUUAUUUCCAGAAACAUCCUGACAAAUCCUUCCAUCUCCCAGCCGACAGCAGAAGAUUCACAUGUUCCAACUGUGCAGUCCGACUCCUUGUCACCGCCCAUUGAAGUCGGCCAAUGGGGACUUCUGGAGGGCACCGCCAUUCUCCAAGAACCAAUAGAAACCCCUGAGGAUACAGGCUUUGAUGGGACAACUCCUGAGGAAAGCCUAUCGGUAAACCGCUCGGAUCCCGUUUCCGGGCCACCUGAGCCGUUGGUUCUUGGUCUAACGUCGUCGGCAGGGAAAGUAGACGGGGAUCCCCCCAAACCCUCCCACACCGACGAGAUGUAGGUCAAUGUGUCCAGCCACAAUAAAAAGAUUUAAAAAAAAAUAUGUACGUGGGUACAUUCGUCUGGAUUGUAUGAACCUAAACCUUCAAAGUCUAUAAUGAAAUUUUUUUCCAGCCUGGCUAAUACUGUCAUUGUAACUUUCAAUUUACUCUUCCAUCAUAGAGAAUUUGAAAACAUGGUGAUGGAAAUGGGUUGUUUGUCAAAAACUUUUCAAAUAAAUGGCUUACAGAAUUGAUAUCUGAAGCUUGUCUCAUAAUGUAGAUGAAAGCCCACAGAUUUAGCUAUAGUAGGAAAAGGAUCUACUGAUAUGUAUAUGUAUGAGCAGAACGUGUGUGACUCAAAGACUGCAUUAUAAGGUGAGGCAGGGGGGCCCAAUAGGUUGAUUGCGAUUGACCGGUCGAUUGCCAAGACAGGGCCAGUAGAUCGCCUGCCAUUGAUUAAAAACAAUGUCAUGCAUGCACGGUCGACUGCGCAAGCUAACGGACACAUUUAAUUUCAUUCAAAAGCAACCCUGGUUGACGCCAAUCGGUGCAGUGAAAAGUAGCUCGGUAGGCAGAAAAGUGUGGGCACCCAAGGGGUAAGGGUUUUUCCAUAGAAUGUCCCCCCAAAAAUGCUUAUAACGGCAAAAGUCAGUCACCACAGCGGCGCUGUGGGACACCCGUUGAAUGUUGGCUUGUCAGCUUAAUAUCAGGUGGUCAGACGGAAAGCCUGUGUACGGUGGAUGUCAGCGUUUAGCCCUGUGUGGCGGCCCUAGGAUUCAAUCAAAUUCAAUGCAUUUCAUUUUGUAUAGCCCCAAAUCGCAAAUUUGCCUCAGAGGGCUUUGCAGUCUGUACACAUGUGACAUCCUCUAUCCCAAAAUCCACACACUGGCACAGAAAAAACUCCCCCAAAAAAUGAAAAACUCUUCGAUGGGGGAAAAAGGAAAGAAACCUCAGUGAGAAUGGCAGAGGAGAGAUCCCUCUUCCGAGAUGGACAGACUAAAGUGGAUAUCAUGUGUACAGAAUGAUCAACGAAAAAGAUGUACGAUUCAAUCAAUUCCAAUGCCAGAAAUGAUUCAAAUAUUGCCAGUAGUAAGGCAGGUGUACGCCAGGACCACCGCAGGGACAACCACCAUCCACAGAAACCUGUGGUGAGGGAAAGCACAAAGACUUCAGGAAAAAAGCAAAGUGGGUAAUGUUGUUUUAUGACGACAGUAAUAGUAAUGUGAUUAAUAUUCAUAGGAAUAAUUCUAAUGGCAGCAGCAGUUAUCAGCAGGGCUACGGCAGGAGGCAGGGUCCAAAUAGAACCAUGAUCCAUGUUAUGGAUCCAUGUGCUACAAAACAGACAUAAUAAUAAUACAGGAGUCCUGCAAUGAAUCAUACUUGAAGGUUUAAUAAUGAAGGUCCACCCGACCCCAACGACUACUAACCCUCCUGUUAGUUCGACGUGUUUAUUAUCUGCCGGACCUUCUUGACUAUAUAUUUAUAGACUAUAUAGACUAUAAUAUUGUCUGACAUGAAAACGGCCCGUGAGGCAAAAAAGGUUGUGGACCACUGAUCUAAACAACUGCAAACAUAAUGUUAUCUGAAUCAUCAACAUACUUCCUCAUCAGUGGACAGUUGAUGAAGACUGAUCUGGGAUCUUGAUGUCAAGUAAUGAAUAUCUUCUGCUGUCAACUAUUGUGAGAGAUUACAGGUUUUAUUUCAGUUUCCUCACAUAGUUAAAGGAUUUUACAGAGCUAGGUCAAUCAUCCAACCAUUAGCAAACCGCUUAUCCUGCACACAGGGUCGCGGGCGGGCUGGAGUCCAUCCCAGUCAACUUUGGGCGAUAGACAGGGAACACCCUGGAUGGGUCGCCAGCCAAUCGCAGGGCUAGGUCAACGUGUUAUCAAUUAUUAUUGAAGAUGUAUUUUUUUAUUGUUAUAAUUGUUUGUAUCAUCAUUAUAUGACGUAUCUAGGCCUCCUGUGUGAAAUGUGACAUAAAUACAGUUGAAUAAAUAAUAUCAUCACCAA